AUUAAUUUAUUGUGCCACCGAUGAUUAUAAACGAGCAACGGCGGUUAACAACGACGUUUUCCGCGCAAGUAUUACACCCACGCGUCAAACUUUACGUUCAGAUACGCGUCAGUACCACCCCUAUUUUAUAUUUGUACUAGUUAGCUGGGGGAGCGACGAGGGGACAUGCCACGUAAAUAAUUUCAAGUGCUGAAAACGAAACGCGCCUUCGUCCUCUCGCUUUAUCCCAACCAACAUCCGACAGUAGGCGCAUUAUGCGAUGACGCGCGCGCGUAACCUGGAUUAGAGGUCGUGGUUGUGAACGGGUAUUAGAAUACACGGGUACACGGAGCCCGGAUACGCGGGAAAAAAAUAUAUUAAAACCCGUGAAUUUAAUACCCGUGUAUACCCCCGUGUAUUUAUUUAUCAUUGCCCGUGUACCUAUAAUGAAAUCCAAUAAUUUUUAAUUGGUUAUUAAUUAAUAAUAAAAAUUGUAUAGCUUUUAAAAAUACCUACCUAUCUUUUAUUAUUUAGUGAUGUUAUGGAUAGUUUUUAGUUAUGCUUAGUAAGAUGCAUUCGUUUAUCGUAUAAUAUUAUAUAGGUACAAGAUAAACUAUAAGUGUAAUAAUAUAUAAAAUAGUAAUAUUUAAACUGGUUUUAAGAUUAAAGCAUAAAUAAUCGCAAAACUAUCUUAUCGCCAAUUUCAUUGCAUUCCAUUUUACACAGGUAUGCCUCGUAUCUAAAUCUAAAAAUUGUUGGUUAUUUUAAAAUUGUUCCAUACCUCAUUGUGCCUCUAUUCACUAUUGCUAUGUGAAGUGUAGUUUCGACACUAAUAUUAUACAUAUUAUUAAAUAUUUUUUCUUCGAAAAAUGAGUUACCGUUAUAAAAGUUGGGUAUGGCAAUACGGCAAACGCCAAGGCGAUAAAGCUUUUUGUGACCUGUGUGACGAUAAUUCAAAUAAAGUGUUUUGUUGUGCUGGUGGAUCAACGGGAUCAUUCGGCAGACAUUUAAAACUGAUACACAAUAUAAGCAAAAAUACUCAAAAUCCAAGUGAUGAUAAUCCUCAUGAUGAAGUUGAAGAGUGUAAUACAGUUGAUAGUGUAACACAGUGUUCAUCGUCAUCCUCAAAUAAUUUAAAUACUAAUUGUUCAUCCUCAUUAUCAGAAUUUUGUGGACCACAACCCCGAAAACGACGUAGAACUUAUGUUGAUAAGAACUUUGAAAUAAACCGAAGUUGUAGUUCUGAAAGAACAGAACAAAUCCAUCAGGCGUUAGCUAAGAUGAUCGCAAUCAAUCAAAUACCUCUAUUCUUUUGUUCUAGUUCCGGUUUUAAACAAUUUAUGAGCAUAGUAGAACCAAAUUAUAUAAUAUGCAAGGAAGGUGCUAUCAAACAGAGACUCAAAGGAUUCAAAUCGUCGGUUGAAGUUCUAAUAAAAAAAGAACUUAAAGAUGCCAGGAGUGUAAGUUGUACAUCUGACUGUUGGUCAUCAAUAGCUCAAGAAUCGUACAUAACAGUUACUGCACAUUUUAUUGAUGAUCAAUGGUGCCCAAAAUCAUACACCCUGACAACUCACAAAUUAGACGAUCGUCAUACAGCUUCAAAUCUAUCGAAUUAAUUAGAAAUUACUUUUAA